AUGAAUAAACACACGUUUUCAUCAUUUAAUACAUAUGCUAUGAAGGUGUUCAGGGGAAAGAGAGUGGUGGUUGAUGGGGAGAUUAUACCUGCCACGGUGUUUGUAGAAGGAGGCAAGAUUGUGGACAUACAACGUAACAUCUACUCUCAGGACUCAAAUAGUGUGGAGCUUGAAUCGGAGGAGGUAGUGGAUGCUGGUGACCUUGUCCUGAUGCCAGGGGUGGUAGACAGCCAUGUACAUGUAAAUGAGCCUGGUCGAACAGCAUGGGAAGGAUUCAGCACAGCAACCAAGGCUGCAGCAGUUGGCGGUAUUACGACCAUAGUAGAUAUGCCAUUAAACAGUAUUCCAUCAACUACUAGCUUGAGUUCAUUGAACAUCAAACUAGAUAGUGCCCGGGGUCAAUGUUAUGUGGAUGUUGGAUUCUGGGGUGGUGUAGUGCCUGGCAACCAGGAUGAGUUGGUCCCUAUGGUUAAUGCAGGAGUUGCAGGUUUUAAAUGCUUCCUCAUCAACAGUGGAGUCGAGGAGUUCCAACAUGUUACAGAGGAGGACCUCCAUAUAGCUAUGAAACAACUUGUCGGAACAGAGAGUGUUCUUCUGUUUCAUGCAGAGGUCGAUUGUGCAGGUUUGGGACAAAAUAAUACCAAAGAGGAAACUGCGGAGUCAGCUGAUGAUCGCAAAUACCAAACAUUUCUUGAGUCGAGGCCUGACAAGAUGGAAGUCGAAGCAAUUAAACUUGUCUGCAAGUUAUGCCUACAAUACAAAGUUAGAUGUCACAUUGUUCAUCUAUCCGCGUGUGAGGCUCUACCGAUAAUUCAAAGCGCAAGAGAUAGUGGCGCCCCCUUAACUGUGGAGACGACUCAUCAUUACCUCAAUCUAGCUUCUGAGAACAUCCCAGAUGGGGCAACGUAUUUUAAAUGCUGUCCCCCUGUCAGAAACAAGAAAAAUAGAGAUCUGUUGUGGAAGGCUGUGAUGAGCAGAGAGAUUGAUAUGGUUGUGUCCGAUCACUCACCAUGCACAUCGGACCUUAAACACCUGGACAAGGGGGACUUCCUGGCUGCAUGGGGAGGAAUAUCCUCUGUUCAGUUUGGGUUAUCCUUAUUUUGGACAGCUGGUCAACAGUAUGAUGUCACAAUACUGGACUUGUGUCGCUGUCUGUGUGAAAAUACCUCAAAACUUGCAGGUCUCGGCUCGCAGAAGGGCAGCAUCACUGUUGGACGCGAUGCUGAUUUCGUUAUUUGGGAUCCAGAAAAGUCUUGGUCGGUGAAAGAACAAAUGAUUCAACAUAAGAAUAAACUGACUCCUUAUAUCGACACAACUCUGAAAGGAAAUGUCAGUAAGACAAUAUUACGGGGAAAUGUUGUUUAUGACGAACACACUGGAUUAUCGGAGAAGCCGUUUGGACAAUUGCUUUUAGACAUCAAAUUCUGUUGAUUUUGUAUUAUGAAUCCGUGGCAUAGUAUAUGCGCAGCGACAUUUGAACCGAUAUUUAG